CAAUUGUGACUAUUGUGUUACUUCAAGUAGUUGUGGCUUUUGCCACGAGAAGGGUGAUGAUACAGUUGGCCAAUGCUUGCCCCUAUCCAAGAGUAUGGAUCCGAACAACCCGACAACAUCGGUCGGCUUCUGUAAUGGUAACAACACAAACUACAGUGUAGACCCUGAUUAUUGCAAAACGAAAUACACUUUCUUGCCAAUAGGUGUUAUGGUUUUAUAUUUGAUUUGUUUUGCAUUUGGUAUGGGACCGAUGCCAUGGGUUUUUAACUCAGAAAUCUAUCCUUUAUGGGCAAGAGGCACUUGUGUUUCCUUAGCAACAUUCACUAAUUGGACAUUCAAUUUGGCUAUAUCGCUCACAUUCCUCUCCUUAGGAGAAGCAAUACACAAAUACGGAGCCUUCUUCCUUUAUGCUGGUUGCUCUACGGUUGGCUUUGUUGUGUUUUACUUCUUUGUGCCCGAAACAAAAGGAUUAAUCAUUGAAGAAGUUGAAGAGCUUUUCAAGAGCCCAGCAUCACGGAAAACGCAGACGCAUAUGACUACAAAGACUUAG